GUAGAGUCAUAUUCACUUCCAAAUUAUAAAUGGAAUGUUGUGUGUAUACAUUAAUUUGUAUUAAAUAUGCCGGCAAAAAUACAAAAUAAGGUUUUAAUAUAUGAAGGGUGUAAUUAUUUAAGAUAUCGUCUUUUAUUAUCAACAUUGUCAGGAAAACCAGUACGUAUUAUUAAUAUUAGAACUAAAGAAGAUGAUCCUGGAUUAAAAGAAUAUGAGAUAAGCUUCAUACGUUUAUUGGAUAAAAUUACUAAUGGUACUAGAGUAGAAUUAAACGAAACGGGUACUUCUUUAUAUUAUAAUCCUGGUUUAUUAAAUGGUGGAGAGCUAGAACAUGAUUGCAGCUUGCAACGUGGAAUUGGAUAUUAUUUAGAAGCUGUCAUUAUUUUAGGACCUUUUUGUAAAAAACCUAUAGAUAUCAAACUUAGAGGAGUUACGAGUAAUACAUUGGAUCCAUCUGUGGAUAGAAUUAAAGCAGCAUGUAUACCAUUAUUAAAAAGAUUUAUAGUAGAUACAGAUAUUGAACUUACUAUUAAAAAGAGAGGAAUGGCACCGUUAGGAGGUGGAGAAAUACAUUUCAAAUGUCCACUUUGUCGUACUCUCAAAUCUGUACAGCUUCAAAAUAGUGGUAUGGUAAAACGUAUUAGAGGAGUUUCUUGUAGCGUACGUGUUUCACCAGCAAUUGCCAAUCGUAUGGUUGAAUCAGCCAAAGGUGUAUUGUUAAAAUUUUUACCAGAUAUAUACAUACAUACGGAUCACUGUAGAGGUGCAGUUAGUGGCAAAUCACCAGGUUUUGCAAUAAGUUUGACAGCUGAAACAACCAAUGGUAUUUUUCUCAGUGGAGAAGCUUGUUCACCUUUAAUGAUAACAGGUUCUUUACCUUGUGUACCAGAAGAUCUUGGAAAAGAAGCAGCUAUGAUGUUACUUGAUGAAAUUUAUCGAAAUGGAUGUGUGGAUUCUCCAUUUCAAAGUAUGGCAGCAAUAUUUAUGGUACUUGGUAAAAAGGAUGUGUCCAAAAUUGUAACAGGGCCUUUAACCCAAUCAAUGAUACAAUUUUUAAGAGAUUUACGAGAUUUUCUCGGUACAGUUUUUAAAAUUGAGCCUAUUAAAGAAGAAGAUGAAAUAAAGGAGCAAGUAAUGUUGACUUGUGUUGGUAUAGGUUAUACUAAUUUGAGUAAACGUACUUUGUAAAAUAUUUAUAUUAGAAAUAUUUUUUAAAAUAUAGCAUUUUUCUAAUUUCUAAAUUGUAAAUAUUUUUAAAAUCACAUAAUUCAUAUAAAUAUAUUCAAAUAAAUUCACAUAA